AUGGUGACUCCAAACAAUGUUACUUUGUGGGGUUUAGUUCCAUAUUUCUCUUUCUUGUUUGUUCAACUUGACUGCAGAGGUGUGAGAGUCAUUGCAUCUUCAGCAAAUGUGUCAAGCAUUUAUACUGCUGGUGUAGAUGGGAUGGUAUGUGUGAUAGAUUUCAUGACAGGAAACCUGUUGGAGAAAUUUAAAGCUUCUACAAAGCCAGUAUCCUGCAUGUCUGUUUCUCCAGAUGGGAACACAUUAGCUACUGCAGCAGCACAAUUGAAGAUUUUUAACUGUUCUAAUCACAAAAAGAUUCAAAAGUUCUCUGGUCAUCCUGGAUCUGUUCGAUGCAUGCUUUUCACUGAAGAGGGGAAGUAUGUCCUCUCGUCUGCUAUUGGAGAAAGAUAUGUUGCUGUUUGGAGGAUAGAAGGUGCUAAAAAGCAGUCAGCUAGUUGUGUUCUUGCGAUGGAGCACCCUGCUGUCUUUCUUGAUAGCAGGUGCAUUGAUAGUGGGGAACAUGAUGAGGUUGGCAUAUGUGUUUUGGCAAUCUCAGAAAUUGCCAUUUGUUAUUUAUGGUUUGGUAAUAGUAUCGAAGAACUGCAUAAUACAAAACCCACAAAAAUAUCCUUAUCUUUAGAAGACAUGCCCUCAAGAAAUUACAAGGGAGCUCUGCCAGCAAUAUAUGCUGCAAAAUUACAAGGCAUCCAGAAGCCAGCCUCUGGGCAAGUUUUUCUUGUUUAUGGGUUGCUUGUAAAACCAUCAUUUAGAAAAAUUCUAGUGCAUUCUGGUGCGGACAUAAAAUUGAAUGUCUCUCAUGAUGGUGUUCUUCUUCCAAUGAGUCAAUCUCUUGUCAAAUAUAAGAAGGGGACAAAUGCUCAAACAGCUACUGCACUAGACCGAGCUAAUGCUGAGGAUGCCUUGCUUCCAAUUCCUAAGGUUUUUUAUUCUCAUGAGAAAGAGAAAGCAUUUCAAAACUCUCUGGGCAAGGAUGUAAUUGAUGAUUUCCAUAGAAGUAGUAAAGAUGAUUCUGUUGAGAUAGAAGGUAUCGAUAUGAUUUUUUCUUGA